CCACUUUCUGGUAGUAUAAAUACCAUGUCAUUCUGAUGAAGCACAUCACUCGAAGAUUGUUUUUCAAACUGAAUCCAAAAUGUUCAAAUUGUGUAUUUUUGUGGCCGUCUUCGCUUUCGCAGCAGCUACCCCUGUACCUGAAGCCAAAGCUGAUCCAAAAGCCGAUCCCAGUCUUAUUGCUGCUGCCUAUACCGCCCCCGUUGUAGCCGCUCCAGUUGCCUACACAUCUGCCUACUCUGCUCCUUUGACAUAUGCUAGUUAUGUUGCUCCUUCGGUUUACUCUGCUGGAUAUACUGCGUACUCUCCAUACACAGGCUCAUAUGUAGUGUUGUAAAGUCUAUGGAUUUCAAUAAAUACGCUGAUUUGAAAUUGA